AUGGAAAACGAGACAGUUCACUGCUCGUUCAUCAUUGAUAGCCCUCUUAGGAGACUCCGUAUGUUUCCCAUGAACGUGGCGAUGUUGGUGUUGAACGGUGUAUUCUGCUUAACAGCCACGGUACAAAACAUGCCCGUUAUCGCUGCCAUUGUCAAGACACCGUCUCUUCACACUCCUUCAAACGUGCUCCUAUGUUCGUUGGCUUUAACUGAUUUAACAGUAGGCUGCGUUGUUCAUCCUGUUUUCGUAGCUUUUAAAGCACGACUUCUGCUGGGCGAGUUCUGGUGCCUCUUGUUGCUUGUCAAAGAAGGCUUGCUCUUAUACACCGGAAUUCUUUCCAUGUUGAUUUUGCUUGCAAUAAGUUUGGAACGCUUGAUCGCUCUCCGUUUGCAUUUGCGAUAUGGAGUCCUCAUCACUAUUCCUCGUGUGUUGGCUGUGGUCAUUGUGACUUUGUUGUCAUGGGGUCUUGUUGUAUGCACUUGGCCAUUAGGUGUUAGCAUCAACGUUGUUUCCUCAAUUAGCGUCGCCAUCAUGGUGGUGGUCGCCGUUGCAUUGGUCGCAGUUUGCGCCGAAAUUUUUCGCAUUUUACGGAGACAUCAGAUGGUGAUUUGGAAUCAAAAUAAACUACAAGCUGAAAUGUUCAGGUCAGCCUCACGAAGAAGGAAAUCUGCAGCCGCCAUUUUGUAUGUUGUCGUUUUGUUUUUUGUCUUUUAUUCCCUGAGCGCUUUUGCUACUAUUCGUUU